UAGAUAGCCACAAAAGAUUACAAUUUUAAACUCCCUUAAAAUAGACCACAGAUAUUUUAGUAUUCCAAAUAAAUAUUUCUAAAGCAUUUGCUUUUCACUAAUAGCUUCCAUCAACGUCUCAUAAAGUAACCAUGGCUAAUGAGAAUGAGAAAAAUGGCUGGAUGUCUAUUCCCCAAUUUGGAGGGUGGGAGCAGAAGGGAGGAACUGACUAUUCCAUGGUGUUUUCUCGAGCUCGAGCAAACCGGAAGCAGCAAAAGAUGGAUUUCAGCGAAUUCAAGCGAUCUAGCCUCGGAAACGAAAGAGAAUUCAUUAAUCCUGCUAAUCACCAGGAUGAUUCUGUCAUGAGGAAAAAGAAGAUUCUGACCUACAUUAACUGCUGUAUAAGACCUUGAUUGUCUAAGCACCGAAGCUAUCAGUAAAACUUUCAGUCAUUUAUCCUCUAUUAAUGGCCUGUAAAUUUAUAGAUGAGAAUUGUUCAUCACCAGAAUACUAAUCAAAAGUUUCUGUAAUUCUCUUUUGUGUGCAAUAUAACUAUAUACAUAUUAACUAUAAUGUAACUUUGAAAUUCGUUUGAUA